AUGAACCUGGUGGUGGCAGAAGAAGAAAAGCAAGCACAGCACCUUAGAUCGACCCUUCGGUCGACGGGGGACAGGCUCGAUCAGGAAAUGCGCAGGGCAAAGCAGGCUGAAUCUCAAGCAGAAUUCGCAGAACUCCGAGCGCGGGAGCUAGCUGUGCGCGUCAGUGCCGCUGAAACGGGCAGGCGUUAUGCAGAACUCGAGGCUGAGCGGGCCAACGAAGAGAUGCGGCGACAUCAAAUGCGCAUCGAAAGCCUCGAAAAACAGGUCACAAAACUUCAGGCUGACAUCCGCGUCUUAGAGAGGCAAAGAAAUGAAGCCGAUGAAAGCGCAUCACGAGCGCGGGAUACUGCAAGAAAGUUUCAAACUGAACUUAGCAGGCAGCAAGCAAAGGAGAAAGUAAUAGAAGAAAGUCCGAUAUAUGGUCGGAAGAAGUGGUUCGUAACCGGGCAUAACGAGGGUUGGGAUGCUGGGUAUGCGGAGGGCUAUGACGACGGCAGGGAGGAUGGGUUCGAAGAAGGUAGACAAUAUGGCAUCCGCGAAGGCCGAGAGUCGGGAUUCAAGCAGGGUCGCAUAAUGGGUCGGAAAGAGCUUGCGCUUUUUGACAAUUUUUUUACUGCAGAAGUCGAUGAAAAUGGUUAUACAGUGAGUUCUGACCCGACCUGUUUCAUUCAAUUUUUCUUCCUCAUCAUGAGCUUCGCGCAACCCCUUCCAUCGCCUGGUCUGGCAAGUGGCCGUCGCAGGCCGAAGAACCUCCCGAGUUUACCUCUGUCUGCGUUCAGCCCACCGAGCACAGGGACUUCUGACAUGUUCCCUUUGCCUCCAACUCCAAGUGCGCUCUUUCCAGGCGAAGUCAUUGACGCUCAUCUGCGGUCUGAUGCACUCGAAAGGGCUGGUCUUGAUCUGGCUGGCACUGAGGUCGCGGGUGCGGUUUUAUUGUUAAACGACCCUUCGAUGCCAGAAGGACUGUUGCAAUCUUCUCUCACGCAAAAUGUUCGCAUACUUUCCGUGGCAACUCCCUUCGAGCUUAGCGCCAUCCCAUCGGAUUAUCCAGAUCACUCAGAGUCAUCUGGAAUUCCCCAGUCUUUCUACACCUCCUACUCAGCUUCGCAUGAGGCACCAGAAGCUAGAUCUCAGGCUAUCAAGACUUUGAGAUGGGCAUUCUCAAACAGCCGUCUCGUUGAUAUUGACGUUCAAAGUGACAUAAUGUCGAAUGUCGCAAAGUAUGAAGUGUUCGAGGACAUUCUCAUGAAAGCCACGGCCGAACUUCCCGGAGACAGGAAGGUCUCCAUAGUUCUUUCCAAUAUAUUACCGCCACCCCAUGACCUGAGCCUGCCGAUCGUCAAGCUCCUUGCUGAUCCAAGUUAUCGCAAUUACCAGGCACACACUGCAUCCUUGUCAUUGUUUCCGAAUCUCUAUGUAAAGUUUACGCCUCCCAUGUGGAAUCAAACCAUACCAGGUCCCGCAGAUCCGACUUCAGAAAUAGAUCAACAUCGUGAAUGGAAACGAAAAAUCAAGAUGUUCAGUAAGUUUUUGCGCAUAUAUUCUCAUAUAUUGGUACAGUGUGACGAACAUCCGGCAGUUGGUCCGGUGCUGGAAGCGUAUGGCUACGAACGUAUUAUUUUUGGAACCUCGCCUUCCUUUGCUGCACCCUCGCUCCUGAACCCUGCGGACUGGUAUGCGCUUGUACGCGAGUCAUUUGCAGAGCUUGCGGUGGACCAGGACGCAAUCGACGCAAUAUUUAGUUUAAAUGCAAAGAGGAUCUACGCAAGUCCAUAAUUCCCUUGAAGCUUGCCAGCUCUGUACAAAAAUUCCCCAUUUUCUUGACCAGUUUUCGUAAUCAAACGAUAUCGAUAUCGUGUAUGCUUUGGUGCACUGGAAUUUAUGAUAUGAAUCAUGUAAAGUACAUACAUUGACCAACAAACAACGUGUCUACCUCGGACAUUGACAGAGCUAAUAACACGG